UCUGUCAAAUUUACCACCCAUGAAAAAAAAGUUUCACAUUUCGCAAACAAAAAAGAAAACAAUUAAAAAUUAUGGUGUGAUAAGAGCUUUUUGUUUUUAAUUUUGCAAUUCCAAGUGUAGAUAAUCGGUUGACCUAGUUACAGUGUCAGUUUUAAACAGACUGGAUAAUAUAAAAUGGGUUGUCACAUAUCCCCAGUAUCAGGAAACACCGAUAUUUAGGUAGGAAACCCCACAACAUAUCAGAAAGUGAACUCUUUUUAGUUGUUUUAACUGAUGUCAACUGGAAUCCUUUUGUUAGCUUCCCAAUGCAAACCAGAAGACCCUGACAAAAUAUCAAAGCAAUUGUUGGAGUAUGUGCAAAGGUGCCAAAGAAGAUUUGGUGGUAAAAAUGAACUUGCAACAGAAUUCGACUCCUGCAUAGCUGGCUUAUGCUUGUGCCUGGAAGCAGUUUUCUUACAUGGAAUAAAAUCAAAGCAGCAAUCUAAUCAAAACUCUGUAAAUUCAACUUUUAAGCAAGUGUCUGAUAUUGUUGCUCAAAGCUUACAUAUCAAACAAGAAAACAUUUCAUUCUGGUCAUUUAUUGAAAGACAUCUUACAAAUCACGAACGGGAAAGAUUUAAUAUUUUAAAAAGUGUUUGGACAGAUAUAGGAAAAUGUAAAGCUUGGUUAAGGUCAACUUUAAAUGAGAAAUCAUUAGAAAGGUAUUUGCAUAAAGUUUUGAGUGACAAAGAUAUAUUGGUUGAACACUAUGAAUCCUGGGCAUUGCUUCGAGAUGAAGAAAGAAAUAGUAUGCUCCCUAACAUGGCUGCAGGUUUGGGAUCUAUUUUAUUUGCAAUAAGCAUUGAUAAAAUUGAGUUUAAUACUUCCAUAGCCCCAAGACCUAUGUUAAUGGGAUCUCAGGAAGAACCUAUUAUUGAAGUGCCAAUUCCAGAAAACAAAGAUAGGCGGGAAAAUAAAAAAAGAAAAGUGGCUCGUCAAAUAAUUUCAUUUGAUGAUGACGAUAGUAUGCUAUCUACAAGCGUCCCUUCAAUAUCAAGCAGCACGUGUUCUGAGAAUAGCGGCUUAGACAAUCAAAAUAAAACAAAUACGAACAUGGAAACUGUAUCAUCACAAAACCAAGAAUUUUUCGACUCCAGUCAUUCAUCGUCUGAAAGUGUUGAAAAAGAAAAGAGUUCAAAGCCAGUAGAAAAUAAAGAUAGUGAAAGGCCUAGAGUGGUGAGGAAAUUGUCUAUAGAAAACAGCGGUUCUCGAAAUAAAUUUCAAUCGAAUGUACCUGAAACUUUAACCCCUAUUAAUCAAAACAAUAUUGGGGAACUUACUCCAGUUUCUGUUGAAAGAAUCAGAGACCUAAAUGAAUCUCCAGACAACUCCGAUGAUAUUUUAGAAGUACCUGCAGAUAUAUCGGCUGUUUUAACAAUAGUAGAGAAUAAGAAUCAAGAGGAAAUUAAGAGAAGGGAUGCAAGGAUAAAACUCCUUUCAAAAGAAAAUGAUUCUUUAAAAGAACAAGUGAAGAAGUAUAUGAGUGCGAUCCAAAUGUUAAGAAGAGAUGAUGAAGGAAUUAAAAAUGCUUUGGAAGGGCUACAAUUGGAAAAGCAGCCAGAUUAUAAGGGAGAAGCGAAAGUUUAUGAACAAAAACUUGUACAGGUGGCAGAAAUGCACGCAGAACUAAUGGAUUUUAAUGUGAUGCUCCAGAAAACUCUGGCUCAGAAGGAUUCAGUUUUAGAACGUCUGAAAAAUGAACUUCAAGAGCUCAGGGGUCCCAUGGCUAGUGAUGACUUAAAUUCGGAAGAGAGUGGGGGAUCUGUGAAUAUUUGGAUACCUUCAGCGUUUCUAACAGGUUCAGGUUCAAAUUCCCAUCAUGUAUAUCAAAUAUUCUUAAGAGUAGGAAACGAUGAAUGGAAUAUUUACAGACGAUAUGCUCAAUUUUAUGCUUUACAUUCCGAUUUAAAAAAACUUGAUGCGGUAGUUAAUAAUUUUGGGUUUCCACCCAAAAAAAGUUUAGGAAAUAAGGACUCGGCUUUAGUAGAAGAAAGAAGAAAAAGGCUACAGGUUUACCUAAGAAAAGUAAUCUCUCAUUGGCCAGAGCUGGCACACUGUAGCAGUAGGUUUUUGCUUGAGCAGCACCUAGCAUUUUUCAAGGACCAGAAAGAGGAUCCGAAAAGAUCAAUGUUCACCUCGAAUUCCAGAAGAUCAGGCAAUUCUGGAAAUCAUUCUGAAUUGUUUUAUGUACAUGAUUACAUUUUCGAAUAAAUGAUUUUCCACAAGACAAAUUUUACC